AUGGCGAAAGCUUCCCAUAUAUUGCAAAAAGGUGCUGUCGUCCAGCACACCGCCAAAGCCCAUAACCUGAAAGGUCAACUGCCUGAAGGGAGCAUGGAAUCUUUGGCAACAACCAUUCGUUUCGUCACGCUGAACUGCCGAACACUAUCGAGUGAACUCCAACAAGCCGCUCUAUCCAGACUUCUGCGAUAUCUCAGUGUCCCUUUUGCUGCACUGCAGGAAACACGCAUGAGAGAUCGGCCCGUCAUCGGCAUCGAAAAUUACACCAUAUACUGCGGCAAUGCUGAUAAGAACAAAGUAGGUGGCUGCGCGAUAGCUGUGAGGAACGAUUACAAGAACCUGGUGGAGGAAUUUGGCUCAACGUCGUCUAGAUGCGCUUUUCUACGACUGCGGGAUCGCAGAGGAUGUAAACUCUGGAUCGUAAGUGCUCACGCACCUACGGAAACCGCUGAGGACAACAAUAAGGACGCCUUCUAUGAUGAACUCAAUGCGUUGAUGUCUAAAGUACCAAGCCAGCAGGUGGUCAUUGUCGGAAUCGACCCAAAUGCGAAGAUGGGACUCGAACAGCAAUCCGAUGUGCUAGGAAAAUGGUACUAUGCAGUGGAGCGCACGUCGGACAACGGUGACCGUCUGGUCGACUUGUGCGAACAGACGGGCCUCAUCAUCGCUUCUACGUUUAAGAGGAAUCGUCGACGCCAUCAGCUCACGUGGCAGGGGCCAACCCUUUUAACGCCUGAAGAGCAGCGCAAGCGGAAGAUGAGGACUCUUAAACUUCAGCUCGACUUCAUUCUGGCGAGGAACAUUCCUCAGUCAGAUAUCCGAAAAUCUAGAGCUGUUUGGGACGUCGCGUUCGACUCUGACCACCGUCCAGUUCUUCUCAGAAAGUGCAUCCAGGACGCUGCAAGGGAAACGCUCCCGGUUCUAUUGCCGCGGAAGAAGUUUGCCUUCGCAUCUGCUGAACCAAAAUCCACGUGCAAUUCUGUGUGUGUCGCGCUCAGCACUGGCGACUUCAACCAGGAAAGGCGCCUUAGAAGGAAGUUACGUCGUCAACUCCAACAAGACCGCGAUAACGAGUGGACGUCAAGAGCGAUGGAGUUUGAGAAGGCGUGGGAGGACAGGAACCCGCGGAAAGCCUACGCCCUACUAAAACAGUAUAGCGGCAAAAUCAAAAGAUGUUCUCAUGUCCUCAGCACUGCUAAUGGGGUAGCUGUCGGUGAAGCAACCCUUCCAAUUUGGAAGGAACACUUCAAGACCUUGCUGAACAGGCUAGCACCGUCAGCUCCUGAACUCGGACACACGUGA